AUGGAAGAAUGCAAACCAGAUGCCGUCAGUGACCACUUCACCCAGGGGGACCUCAAGCACAUAUUCCAGCUAACCGCGAUAUUUGUAUACCAGCUGCUUGAAGAGAAGAUAAUUGACUUUGUGAAGAAUGAGCUGAAGAGAUUCAAGAAGAUUGUUAGUCCAGAUUACCAAGAACACUUUGAGGGUAAAGAGCAGGAUGAGAGUGAUGCCAGAGAAGGGGCUCUCAAGAUGGCACUGCACUUCCUGAGGAACAUGAAGCAGAAACAUAUCGCUGACAAACUGCAAGAAAAUGAACAGGAUGUAGUUUGUCAAAGUGAGCUGAAGAGAAAUAUCAAGACUAAGUACCAGAGUGUGUUUGAAGGAAUACCCAAGCAAGGCAGCUCUGCUCUGCUAGAAAAGAUCUACACAGAGGUCUACAUCACAGAGGGAGGAAGUGGGAAAGUAAAUGAGGAGCAUGAAGUCAGGCAGAUUGAGUCCAUCUCCAAGAGACCCACUGGACAGGAGACACCAAUCAAAUGCAGAGACAUCUUUAGGCCCCUACCGGGCCAAGAUAAACCAAUCAGAAGUGUCAUCACAAAGGGAGUAGCUGGCAUUGGCAAAACUGUCUCAGUUCAAAAGUACAUCCUGGACUGGGCUGAAGGAAAAGAAAACCAGGAUGUCCACUUCAUAUUUCCACUGCCUUUUCGGGAGCUCAACAGCAUGAAAGAAAAUCAGCUCUCUUUGAUGGAUCUUCUCCAAACCUUUUUCUCAGAAACAAAGCAGUUAACUUUUCCCAGCCAGGGGAAGUACAAAGUGUUGUUCAUCUUUGACGGUCUGGAUGAGUGUCGACUCCGACUUGACUUUCAGAAAAAUGAAAUAUUGGCUGAAGUGACAAAAAAAACUUCAAUGGAUGUACUCCUGACAAAUCUCAUCAAGGGUAAUCUGCUUUCCUCUGCCCUCCUUUGGAUCACUUCUCGACCAGCAGCAGCCAUUCAAAUUCCUCCGCAGAAUGUUGACCGGGUCACAGAGGUACAAGGAUUCAGUGACCCUCAGAAGGAGGAAUACUUCAGAAAGAGAAUAUGUGAUCAUACUCUUGCCAACAAAGUCAUCUCUCACAUUAAAUCAUCAAAAAGCCUCCACAUUAUGUGCCACAUACCAGUGUUUUGCUGGAUUGCUGCUACUGUGCUUGAAAUCGUUCUCAAGAAUGAAAGCGGAAAGCAAGUUCCAAAGACUUUGACAGAGAUGUACACAUAUUUCCUUGUUUUUCAAACCAAGCAAAAGAGCCUAAAGUUUGAUGGAGUAUAUGACACAGAUCCGCAGUGGAACCGAGCUAGUGUCCUUGCUCUUGGAAAGUUGGCCUACGACCAGCUGGAGAAAGGCAACCUGGUCUUUGAUGAAGACGACCUGAGAGAGAGUGGUAUCGAUGUCAGAGAGGCAGCAGUACAAAGUGGCAUUUGCACCCAGAUCUUUCGAGAAGAGUCAGGCCUUCAUCUGGAGAAGUUGUACUGUUUUGUUCAUCUGAGCAUCCAGGAGUAUUUUGCAGCUUUAUAUGUGAUCCUGAUGUUUAUAACUGAGGGGAAAGAUUUCAUGUCCCCACAGGAAGCCUCCAGAAAAGUCCACAGACCAGAGCACAGAGCCAUGACCACCUUACAGAAGAAUGCUGUGGACCAAGCCAUGAAACACGAAGAUGGACGCUUUGAUCUUUUCCUACGUUUCCUUCUUGGCCUCUCUCUGGAAUCCAAUCAGAGACUCCUACGUGGCCUACUGCAGAAAGUACAAUAUGAAGGCCAAGUAGAAAUAUGCAUCUACAUUAAAUCAAAGAUCAGGGAGAUUCCAUCAUCAGAAAGAGUUAUCAACCUCUUCCACUGUCUGAAUGAAGUCAAUGAUCACUCCUUAGUGAUGGAGGUCCAGAGCUUUCUAAGUGCAGGGACACUUUCUGCAGCCAACCUCUCAUCCACACAGUGGUCAGCUCUCGUGUUUGUGCUUCUGACAUCAAAAGAAAAGCUGGAUGUGUUUGACUUGAAGAAGUACAUUUUGUCUGAUGAAUGUCUUCUAAGGCUGCAGCCAGUAGUGGAGGAAUCCCAAAAGGCCCUGCUCAACAGUUGUGGGCUCACUGAGAGGAGCUGUGCAGGUCUGGCAUCUGUCCUCACCAAAACAUCUUCAAAGCUGAAACAUCUGGACCUAAGUGGCAACAGUAUUGGAGAUGUCGGAGUCCAAGAGUUGUGUAGUGGACUGGGUAACCCAAACUGUACACUGGAGACACUCAGCCUGUCAGACUGCAGUAUUGGAGAGGAAGGCUUCAGAGCUCUUGCAUCAGCACUGAGAUCAAACCCCUCACACAUGAGAGAGCUGCAGCUGAGUGGGAAUAAAGCAGAAGACUCAGGAGUGAAGCAUCUUUCUUCUCUUCUGGAGGGUCCCAAUGGUAAACUGGAGAAACUACAGCUCAACAGUUGUGGGCUCACUGAGAGGAGCUGUGCAGGUCUGGCAUCUGUCCUCACCAAAUCAUCUUCAAAGCUGAAAAAUCUAGACCUCAGUGCCAACAGUUUUGGGGAUAUUGGUGUCCAAGAAUUGUGUAGUGGACUGGGUAACCUAAACUGCACACUGGAGACACUCAGGCUCUCUGACUGCAGUAUCACUGAGAGGAGCUGUGCAGGUCUGGCAUCUGUCCUCACCAAAGCAUCUUCAAAGCUGAAAAAUCUAGACCUCUGUGCCAACAGUUUUGGGGAUAUUGGUGUCCAAGAAUUGUGUAGUGGACUGGGUAACCCAACAUGUACAUUGGAGACACUCAGGCUCUCUGACUGCGGUAUCACUGAGAGGAGCUGUGCAGGUCUUGCAUCUGUCCUCACCAAAGCAUCUUCAAAGCUGAAAAUUCUAGACCUCAGUGACAACAGUAUUGGAGAUAAUGGGGUCCAAGAACUGUGUAGUGGACUGGGUAACCUAAACUGUACACUGGAGACACUCAGCCUGUAUAACUGCAGUAUUGGAGAGGAAGGCUUCAGAGCUCUUGCAUCAGCACUGAGAUCAAGCCCCUCAAAAUUGAGAUAUCUGUGGCUGAGUGUGAAUGAAGCAGGAGACUCAGGAGUGAAGCAUCUUUCUUCUCCUCUGGAGGAUCCCAACUGUAAACUGGAGAAACUAUACCUGAAUAACUGCAGCAUUGGAGAAGAAGGCUUCAGAGCUCUUGCAUCAGCACUGAGAUCAAACCCCUCACACAUGACAGAGCUGCAGCUGAGAGGGAAUAAAGCAGGAGACUCAGGAGUGAAGCAUCUUUCUUCUCUUCUGGAGGAUCCCAAAUGUAAACUGGAGAAACUAGUCCUGGAUCACUGCAGUAUUGGAGAGGAAGGCUUCAGAGCUCUUGCAUCAGCACUGAGAUCAAACCCCUCACACAUGAGAGAGCUGCAGCUGAGUGGGAAUAAAGCAGGAGACUCAGGAGUGAAGCAUCUUUCUUCUCUUCUGGGGGAUCCCAACUGUAAACUGGAGAAACUAGACCUGUAUGACUGCAGUAUUGGAGAGGAAGGCUUCAGAGCUCUUACAUCAGCACUGAGAUCAAACCCCUCACACAUGAGAAAAAUGCAGCUGAGUUUGAAUAAAGCAGGAGACUCAGGAGUGAAGCAUCUUUCUUCUCUUCUGGAGGAUCCCAACUGUAAACUGGAAAAACUACACCUAAAUAACUGCAGUAUUGGAGAGGAAGGCUUCAGAGCUCUUGCAUUAGCACUGAGAUCAAACCCCUCACACAUGAGAGAGCUGCAGCUGAGUGGGAAUAAAGCAGAAGACUCAGUGGUGAAACAUCUUUCUUCUCUUCUGGAGGAUCCCAACUGUAAACUGGAAAAACUAGUCCUGCAGGAAUGCAGUAUAACAGAUGAAGGUUUCAGAGCUUUAGCAUCAGCACUGAGAUCAAACCCAUCAGCCCUCAGAGUGCUCUGGCUGAAGGGGAAUCAUCCUGGACCCUCAACACAGCAGCUGCUCUCUGAACUGAAGACACAUCCAAACUGUAAACAUCUAGAAAUAUAUGGACCCUAAUGAAUCCAUCCUGUUGUGUUCCACCUGAAUCAUGUUUUUACACUGUGCAUAAAUAAGUGUUGCAGCACAUUCAUAUUUGAAGUAAUGUUUUAAAGUGACUUACGUAAAUACAAAAAUUGUAAGUAAUAUUGUAUAAAGGAUGUUUUGAAUAUAAAAACAUGGUAACACUUUAAGCAUCAUUAAUCAUGGCGUGGGGUUGCACACGGUGAUCUGGGCGCUGCGGGCGCAGGGUGCCCACCAAUGGGACGACGGCUGGGUAAUGCCCUCCAUCCUGGACCCGCUGCUCACACAAACACACACACACACACAUGCGCACACACACAUGCAUACGCGUGCGCACACACACACACACACACACACACACACACACACACACACACACACACACACGUGGUGUCGCCCCCUGCAGGUAGCCCCUGGGACCUGUACGAUUCUAGUUUUUCUCUCUGGUCGUACACCUUGCUGUGAUUAUAGCACAUCCUAGUGGUCAUAAAGAAUGAUGAGGUCGUACACUGUAGCCUGACUCUCUGUAAACAAGGGCAGAUCAAACUAUUCUAGACAGAACUGUGAACUGUGGGGAAAAGAAAUUGAGCGGAAGUAGACAGGCAGAAUCAAGUUUGUACCCCUUGCCCAAGGCAGUUCAAAUGUACUACACUGAGUAAACUGCAGAGACCUUCUGUCAGACAAAGCUGAGUGUCUUCCCUCUCCAGUGCAUAUAACCUAAGACCCCUACUUUUUUAUGUUUUUACUACUAGAAUGUCCUUUGGAAGGUGAUCAGUAUUCCGCUGGGAAUUCUAGGAAGAUGUUAAAUUAAUUAGUAGAAGUCUUGUAAUCCACCAAAGUCCUGACUGAAAAACCUUUUUUCUAUUGCUUUUAAUUAGGGUUCCCCUUUUUUGAGCACCUGUGCAUAGUGUCUUAUGGUCUCUCCCUUUGUUUAUUUUAAGUCCUUCAGUCUUUGUCUGUACACUGAGCCCAUUUAUGUAUUCAUUUCAUGUUUUAUUUAUUCAUUUUUUCGUGUUUUGUGCCUUUUUACUUAUUCUCUGCACUUUUUACUGUGAAGCACUUUGGUGCAGCUCAGCCGUCUGUAAACGUGCUAUAAAAAUAAAAUUUGACUUGACUUGA